AUGCACCUCCGUGCAAUAACGCGGUCGCUGGCCCGCAGUCAAUGCAUGCUGCGCCGCUAUUCCUCCAAACCUCAGCCUCAAAACAGCAACAUUGCAUCAUUACUGUCAGAACCUACCUGGUCCGUUCGAUCUCUUCUUCCGGAUUCUGCUUCACAAUUGAGCGCACCAUCGAUCUCCCCCAAACAACUUCACCAUCUACUGCGACUCUCCGCCCUUCCACCCCCAGCUACACCCGAGGAAGAAAGAUCCAUGCUUCAGACCCUCGAAUCGCAAAUCCAUUUCGUGAAAGAGAUGCAAAGCGUGGAUACUACAGGUGUUGAGCCACUCCGCAGCAUUCGCGACGAGACACUGGCUGCAACUAAGGAGACGAGUAUCGGGUUGGAUCGUCUCAAGGACGCCUUGGCGCAAGAACAUGUUAGCGGAAGGAGGAAAAGAAUCCAACGAGUUGAGCAAGAGAAAACGGAAGGGUCAGAGGAAUCCAUUUGGAAUGGAGAUGCGUUGCAGUCUGCCUCUAAGACAAAGGGCCCAUACUUCGUUGUUGAGACGGGCCCAGGCGCGAGUCCAACUAAAGGCACAGGUGGCGAGGUGGCCUGA